CUCUCUUUUGACCAAAGUAUAGAGAAGGAAAGAUGUAACAGAUCACCUAGAAUAAGCCCUAAUUUUCUAUCGAUUUGACAUUGGAAGAAGGCACAUUCCAGACAAUAUUAACGGGUCCUACCGUUGACCGGAGGAAAAUCAAAGAAACCCCUGCAUCUGCGACAAUGAACCUCGAUUGGAUAUUGGGUACGAGGUAAUUGAAGAGUUGCUGCAAAAUCUACAGCCUAAUGUGUAACUGUCCAUACACAAACUUCUGAGAAUAAUGAAGGAAGAAUUCCACUUGACAUCUGUGAAUGAUGGCCAUGAAAAAAUAUGUUGGGGUUGUGGAUCACGCCUCAUUUUAUCAUCAGAUGCACCCAUUUUCAAAUGUGGGUGGUGCGGUUCUAUUACCAAUCAAAACGAAGUGAAGCUUGAAGAUAGUGGCUUUUGGUGGAGGCGUCUGCGAGACCGUGGCUUUGUUUCUUUCCUCAUUAUAUUCAUGCUCUUUGUCAUAUGUUGUGGUUGCUGGACGAUUUUCCCUAUUGUAUUUUCUCUGAGUAUGUUCUUCAGAAUAUUUCACUCGAUCGUUAUAAUAAUUUUAUCCAUAAGUACUAUGUCAACAUUUUGCUUUGCGGCGUUUAAAUGUGCUGGUGCACCACCAAGUAUAAUGUGGGGCUCAUAUACACUAGUGGGGAAAGGUGGCCUUGAUAACUACACUUUUUGUCAUUCCUGUUCUAAGCCAAAGUCACCAAGAACCCAUCAUUGCAGAUCAUGCAGAAUGUGCAUCUUGGACAUGGAUCAUCACUGCCCAUUUAUUGGAAACUGUGUUGGAUUUGCAAAUCAUCGAUCCUUCAUCGCUUUCCUCAUCUUGGCAAUUCUAAGUACAUUUUAUGUUUCGAUAAUGUCGGCUUAUGCAGUAUUCUCCAUGUUCCCACCUUUGAGCUACACACCAACAUUAUCUCUUUCUCCAUGGCAAGGAUUUAGCAUUUUGUUUGUGCUGAGAAUGAUUAAGGAGAUUAGUCUUGCCUUUUUAACAUCUGCAGUGAUGCUAUCUACAAGAGGCCUUCUUCUUGCUUACUUGUUUAUUUCCAGUGUUUCUAUAGAGAUUGGAUUGAGUGUGCUACUAUGGCAACAACUCUGUUACAUAUAUGAGGGAGACACCUAUUUGAGCAGUUUAAGGCGGGGAAAUCAGGCGAAUAGGGAGAAAGAUUGUGAAAAUAUUUUUCAGUUUUUCGGUUGCCCUUAUUCCUCGUUUAGGUACUUUCCUAGUUCUUGGAGUUCUAGGAAGAGCCACAGAAAAUGAAGCCUUACCCAUUUUUGUUUUGGGUUACAGAAAUGUUUGAAUUUGUAAUUCAAGAUUUAUGUUAUUUCUGUUUAACUG